GGCAAGUUCUACUUUGUGUGGAGUUUGUGUCUUCUGCAAUAUGGGUAUCUCCAGAAAUGAAGCAUUUUGAAGAACAUGAUUGUCUUCUUACUUCAGAAAUAAAGAUAUCCAUGAUAUGCAUAGGUACAGAACCCUAACAGGCCAGUUCCUUGCCUAAAUAAUGAAACUGCAGCUUUUAAAAAAUACACAUAGACUCGAGUCCAAUCCAACAUGACUUUGAAGUCGUAUAGAAAAAGUGCAACCUGAGUUCAAGCCUCAGCUCUCUUUCUUUUAUCUAUGUGUCCAGAUUUUACUGUCUAUUCAAGUAAUUAUCUAGCAUAGAGUAGAUAUGUUUGUUAGUAAACUGUCAAUAUGACUGAAGGAGCUAUUUGUGUUUCUAGAAACUAUUAGUGAGUGAAUAUACAGACGGAAUUAUAUUUAUCUUGCUCGUGUAGUUGAAAUAGCAGAACUUCAUCAACAGUUACUGAGAGUUACUUAGAAAUAGUCUUCUGUUUAUCAGCCGGACAUUAGACAUUUUAGACUAUCUUGUCAUCGGACACCACGCAAGUGGCUACAGAAUGAAAUUAUUUCUAGAAUUACUUAUUGUUUUCGGGACGGCUGCAAUUCUCGCUGGGUCUUUACCUGAAAGCGAGGAGCUCUGUAGAUCCUUCAGAGAAAAUGGAAUGUUGAGCAAUCGAACAUCAGAACCACUUCUGCAACUGAUUCUUCAACACACAUUCCUGGAAGCCGAUAAUGGAAUCCUUCCCGAGUUACGAUAUAAUGUUACCCUACGGAACUCUGCUCAGAAUGAAUUGGUACACUUUGCUAUAUGGAGUGAUCCAGUAGGCGAGUUUAACCACCUGCUGAAUUCAAAUGUGGCAGCCUGCAGUUCUCCUGCUGAAGUGAUAGUAGGAACGGUAGCUAAAGAUACGACGUUUAUCUUCACAGCUCCCAAGAAUAGCAACGAGUCUCUGAUCAUCUCUUUGGCAACCUUCAUACCGGAUAGAAAACCAUGGUCCAUUGCUUAUCAUAAAUUUGCUAUUAGAACAGGAUGUUAUUAUAUCCAAUCCAAUGAAGAGUUGACAUUACUUUCUGAAGAAUUAGCCAUUCCAGAAGUCAAAUCAGUUUUAAUACAAUCACCUAAAAAUUCAGGACUUCAUGUGAACUUCGAAGAUGUGAUAAUACCUGCUGACGGAGUGAUGCUUUUCUACAAUGUCUCGGAAACCUCACCUCCGAUUAUUUUAUCCUAUACAGAGUACGAAAAGAUGAAUUUUUUACUUUUUGAAAACAAGUUUUUAUUAAUUGAUCUUAAAAGGUGCUUGGACUGUAGAUUUCGAAUAAUCGUGAAGCUAGUAGCUUUAAAAUAUGAGUGCAAUUCGACUCUGAGUCUAGCUCAAGGCUCCCUGGAAUUGGUGAAGCAUUUUCCUCCAAGGAGUUGCGAGCUCAUUUUGCAGGCGCCGCCGGCCCAUAGAGUUCUAUUGAAGAUCUCGGAGAGUGCCAGCGCCAACUGCUCCCCUCAGAACAUAAUUCUGGGACCACUUGCAGGAGUGCCAGCUCAGAAAAUAUGGACAUCUUGCAACACUUCAUCUAAUGCACAAACAGAAUUCUACAUAUCAGAAUCAAAUUCUCUAAGAGUUUAUUGGGAUGGCAACUUCGAAGAUGUGUGGCUUCGCUACGAAUACCUCCCCCAGUGCUCCAAUCGAACAUUCGCUGACAGCACGAUCGGUCAGUUUUGCAGCACCGGCUACCCAGAUAUCAUCUUCGAAUGUAAUAUGAUCUAUUCCAUUUAUGUGCCUUUUGGGUAUUCGAUUGAACUGAAACUGAGUCUUUUAGGCGUUACAAAUGGUGCCUUUUGUCAAAAUAAUACCCUUCAAGUCAUUUCUCGUAAUUCUUCUCGAGCUGAGAAACUUUUGCUGGGACUCUGCUUCGAUGAGAACGACGACCAGAAAGACAUGUUGACCUUGCACACACCCAGAAAUUCCAUUGAAAUUCGGAUACGAACUGACAAUGAUUUACUUCGCAGAGGAUUCUGCGCAACCUACAGAGCAAUUCCAGAUGAUCCAACCAGUGCACCUGAUUGCCCUUAUGGUUGGGUACCUGGUAAAAAAUUUUGUUACAAGGCCAUUGAUGAAAGACUUAACUGGAUGGAGGCUGAAGAAGCUUGUCAGAUGAGAAAUGGUCAUUUAGCAAGCAUCACGGACAACACAGUGGCUUUACUUAUUGAUGAUAUCCUUAAAAGCAGCCCCUUUUACGAGCGAAGCAAUGCAUUUUGGAUUGGAGCCAAUGAUUUGCGCUACGAGAACUGUUAUGAAUGGACUGAUGGACAGCCUUUUGACUUCUUCCAUUGGUUUCCUGGCUGGGAGAAUUAUGGAUGGUAUGGCGUGCAACCAAGUGACGAUGGGCUGUCGCAACAAAACUGCGUCGAAUUGCGCAACCUCUUUAGGUACCCCAGUAAAGGAGAAGGGAUUACUGAGAGAUAUUACUGGAAUGACAGGGAUUGCCAUGUUGCAAAUCCUUUUAUUUGCCAGAAGCUGAAACCAGGAGUGAGUUUAGAAGCCAAUCAAGUUCCAGAUUGUAACCGAACUAUUACGUUGAGCUGGGAACAACCUCGGGAAAUUUUGACAUCUCCAUUAUUUCCGAACAAGUAUCCUAACAGUAUUGAAUGUCAUUAUUAUGUUACGGCGGGCAAUGACCAGAGAAUCGUGGCUUUAUUUACAGAUUUUAUAUUAGAGGACAGCCAAAGUUGCAAAUACGAUGUCCUGACAGUGAUAGAUGACGGCCAGAGACUGAACCGUUGCGGUGACUGGGAGAAUAAGAUAAAACUUCUCCGUCAUGUUUCUUUCAAACACACUUUACAUUUCAUAUUUUCAACGGAUUUCUCCCAUUCUUACAAGGGCUUUAGAAUCGAACUAUCUCUUCUAGAAGAAAAAUCGAAGCAGAGUAUAUCAUGCGACAAUGACAUGUUUCAACUGAAAGGAAAAAACUGCUAUCUCAUCGUUAAUUAUCCUGAGACCAGUUGGACGACAGCACGCCAGAUCUGCUCUGAAGCAAAAGCUAAAUUGGCCAUAGUAGAGAAUAUUGAUCAAGUGACUGUUUUGGAUGAACUGGUUCGAACAACAUACGGAUACAUGUCUGGAGUAAUAUACUGGGUUGGAGCGUUUGCGAAUGCUGGUGAAACAAACUGGAAUUGGCUUGAUGGCUCCAGGGUAAAUCUUAAAAAUAUGCGAAUCUUGAGAACUGAGGAUCUACUGACCCCCUCCUGCUUAGCUAUCCAGUGGAAACAAUUGCGGAGUUCCAACGCCUUACGUUGGACUGCAAAAAACUGCAAUCAUCCGGGCCGAUUUAUAUGCCAAAAACCGUCCGUUGUUAUUCCGGAAGAACUGAAUAAAACCGUGACUCAGUUGCAAGGAAAUCUUACGUCUGUGAAUUAUCCUUCGAAUUAUCUAGAUAAUUUGGAUUACAUAGUUGAAAUCAUAGGCCCUCCGAAUUCUCGAGUAGUCCUGACAUUCCAUCAUUUUGACCUUGAAUGGCAAGAAGAUUGUUUGUAUGAUUAUGUAUUGCUUCAAAAUGAUUUGAAAGACGAAGGUGUACGAAUUUGUGGAGAAUAUCUUGGUCAAAGAGAGUUCAUGUCAACUGGUAACAAAGCCUACAUGAGCUUCCAUUCCGAUUUUUCCAUCACUUCUUCAGGAUACAUGGCUUCAUGGGAAAUCGUCGAUCUAUCUGCUUGUCUCAACAGAAGACUGUUGAUUCUAGAACCAACAGCUAUCAACAGUCUUAGGUAUCCACGCGCCUAUCUCCCUGGUCUAGAGUGUCGAAUAACAGUGAUCGCAUCGGAAAUCACAAAGCGUCUCCUCAUCACUAUCGGAGAUUUAGAUCUCAGAUCUUGCGCAGAAGAUUAUUUAGAGGUAAAUCUAGAUCCUACAGACGAGAUGAAGAAAUUAAAGCUUUGCAUUGAUGAUUUGAUUCCUGGCACUCAAUUGAUGGCUUACGGCAAUGAAGCACAGUUCCUCUUCCACACUGCAGAAGAAAAUUCAAUGAAGAGUGUGGAAAACCGAGGAUACAAUUUCACUUGCGAAACAUGGGGUGGAACUACAUUGAAAAAUACAUUGUACUUGAAAUCCAAACGAGAAGGCCGCAUUUACAGUAUGAACUUCAAUCACAGUCAACCCAUCGGCUUGAACUACAGUCAAAGGGUUGUGGUUCCUGUUGGCUAUAAAAUCCAUCUGAAGUCGCUAAACGUGAGCCAUCUCUCCCCUCAGUUGCCAACCUCCUGUGACGGAAGUGGUAUCCACAUUCAUGACAAAUAUGCCACUCAAAAGACACUGUUCCUCUGGAAUCCCUGCCGAUCCACACAUUUCGAUGACAAAGACGGUCUGUGGUCCACUUUGCAUGUCCUCAAUAUUGACGCUUGGAAUUUCGAUGGUAGUCUGCCGUUGUUCUUCUUAGAAUAUUUCGUUGUGAGAGAUGAUCAUUUUGUGAAUACAACUAUAACUUUGGCUACCGAAACUUUGGAGUCCUGCAGACCUAAUCCUUGUCAACAUGGAGGAAGAUGUAUAAAAAAUGGAACAAAUUACAAAUGUCAUUGUUUUGGGCAAUACACAGGUUUAUUCUGCCAUGUCACUUGGUGCGAAGUCAAUGUCUGUGGAGAGAAUGGUGCCUGCAACUUAACAGCUAAUGGUUGGACUUGUGAUUGCCUUCCUGGAUUUGCAGGAUCUCGAUGUCAGCAAAGAGUGACUCCUUGCUCUCCAAAUCCUUGCGGAGAAAAUGGAAAGUGCUCUCUUCAUAAUGGAACUUUUGCUUGCCAAUGCGAAUUGGAUUAUGAAGGCACACGUUGUGAGAAAUUUGUAAUGCGGAUUCCUUAUAAGCCAUUAAGCCAGAGGAUGUUAGAAGAACCUUUCUGGCUGGGUCUCAUCACUGUUUUCAGCGUUUUGGCCAUCAUACUCCUCAUAUAUUGCAUCAAAAGGAAAUUUGCUGACAAAAUCGAAAAGUUUUUUGCACAUGAAAUUGAAAGGACUAGGUACCAUCCAUCUCCUCCACCAGCAAGAUACGGCUCAAACCAACAAAAUGUCACACCAGCUCAAAGCCCGCAAACUGUUCCCAAAACGUUCUUAGGCCGCAUACGUAAAAACAGUUUGUUAAGUGCCAGUAAUAGUCCUAGUCCCACUCCAGACAAAGACGCAUCAAGGACAUUUAGCUUUGACGGCUUGCUUCGCAAAGUUUCUUCAAAGAAGGGUCGCACGUCACCUAAUGCCGCAUCUUCAAGUAGUACUAGUGGAGAUGGUCAAGCUGAAUUAUCCAGGGAAGAAGAAGCUGCGAGGAAAGGUGAUGAAACGUCCGAAACGUCCCGUAUCUUAUCCUCAUUGGUCACGCCAUCCAAAGAGCCUGUAUCUAGACGAAUGAGUUUAGAUGAAUUUAUCCGCAUGAGUGAAAGAAAAUUGGCGAUGGAAGCUAGAAGGACAAACAGUACAGAUUGUGAAGGUCAGGUAAAAGAAACCAGUUUCAUUAACAUGCCGUCACCCAGAUCAUUGCGUCGGUCAUUUUCGAAUGUCCAGCGCAAUGAGGAAAAUUCCGGUGAAUGCGUCUCACCCUCAUCAUCAGGGAGCACAUUGGAUGGGGAACCGAACACAAGCGAAAUCCAGGCGGAUAUAUCACCAAUUCCCGCUAAUUUUAGCAAUUCAAGUAUUCCAGACAUUGUAGAAGAAGUGGAGAAAUCUCCUGAUCAUUCAUCAAUCCCAUCUCAUUCAGCCAAUAACAAUCCUUCAGAAACCGAGCAUCCCAAUCCUGUAUCAAUCAGCAUAACGAUCGACAAAUGCGAAUCAGACAACAAGCCAGAUUCUGAAUCGGAUGCUAAAGACUGUGAUAUCGAAUCUAAAAGCAUUAAUAACGAACAUUUCACAGCUCUGAGCCCAAUCAUAUCACAAAACAGUUCCUACCUUGAAGUGCCUAAAACGAUUCCUGCAAUUCAGGUGAUUUCUGCAGAAUCGGAUGAGCCACAAAGUUCAAGUGAAAGUCCAAAUUUCCCACAAGGUAGAUUUGAAAAUUGCUCUCCGAGUAGAAAAGACUUCAUUCAACCACGAAAACUUUCGGUAGAUUUACCCCCGCCAAAAAUUUUAAUUAGUAACAUGAAUUCGUUAGAUUCAGAUGAAGCUAGUCCACCCAGAACUCCGAACCCAAAUAAAUCCAUGAUGUAUUUAAGCCCUCUUGCAGUCAUUUCCUCUUCUACGGAUAGAACUAUUUCCGAGUCUAAUCUAAGCACAUCGGGAUAUUCAUCAAUAUCGAGCCCAGGUCUAUCUAGAUGCAAUUCUAGCAGUCCCAUUUCUGAUGAAGUGGAUCAUCAUCACCGACCCAACUGCACACAUAAAACCGAGCUGCAAUCCCCCAAAAAGCCCCAUACUCUGCAAAUGGCUUACCUAAGUGUUGCAGCUAAUGAAAAGACUUACUUUUUUCCUCAAACAAUCGCAUGCCACUGUCAUACACCAAACCAACCUUCUCCUGGGAUGUUUGAACCAAAGAAUUCUCCAGCGAUUUCCUCAGCUUGGACUCCAGGAAAGCACAGAACACUCGGUAAACGAAAUUCAUAUCAAACUACCAGCACAGAUGACUCAAUAGAUGAUGAAGGUAUCGGAAUGGAUACUGGAGAAUUCAAAGGUCGGAAGAAUGAAUUGAACACUGCUUGGGAUGUGGAUAUGUAUGUAGCCGGAGAGCAAGAAAAGACUCAAUUACAAUCUUCUGGUUUGUUAAUGGAACCUGGAAAACCAGAAUUACAUGCUUGCUUAGUUGGCUGUAAAUCGGGAAAUGGAGCUAAUUUCAAAGGAAGUCCACGAGCAGGAACCCGAAAAACUGAAAAGCCGAAGAAGUAUGGCGAGAAACAUCGUAGAAGUCCUGUCUUAUCUCCGAUUGGUACACCAAUUAAAGAUUCUCAAGAAAACUUAGAAGUUCGAAUUCCUCGUAAUUCGUCACGUACUAGCAUGAGUGGACCUCUUGUUUCGUCAUCGGAAAGCGAUGAUUCAGAAUCUUUCUUGGGAGCUAGACAGAAAAGCCGACGUUCAAAAAAGCACGAUGCUGUUGCGGGGGUUCAGAAACCAGUUGGGUUGGUUUCCAUGCCAUCCCAAGAUAGCAGUGGACCCAAAACGGACAAGAGUUCGGAUGCUACAGGGCGUUCUAGUCCUUUGUCCGAAAGUAAUGGGGACUCUGCACCCAUGGACUCUAGAUCACCAGUGUCUUCCUCUUCGGAAUCUCUUUCUUCAACAAGAGACUCUACAAUGUCAGAAAAAGCAGCUUGUAACCGGCGUAAAUUGCCUCUGGAGCACACUCGAUCAUUUCCACCUCUAAGUCAAUGUUCCAGGAUAAAUAGUGUUGACGAGACUAGCGGCAACUUAUCAAAAAUAAAAAUUGAUUUGAAGACAAAAAUCAAGUCGCCUGUAUUACAAAUCGAUUCCGAAGAGGAAGUGACGCGGUCAUCAGAAGAUCAUCCCUAUCUCAGGAGACAAGAAGCUGUAAUUGAGGACGAACCCAGUGACGAUUCCAGUAGUGAGACGACGGUGCUUCUGGGAAGACAGAGCGAAAGUCCCAGAAAUCUUCAACAAAGCUCCUCAGCUGAUGUGUCCGAAUGGGAAGCAUUCAACAAAGAGUGAUCUCCUUCUUCUGUGAUUUCGUCAAACGCUUUUAUUUUCCUUAAAUUGGUUUUUAUCUUGCAGACUUACAAUCAUCCACAGGCAUGAAGGCCUUCAGUUUCGAAAAAAAAAAUGACUCUGUAAACAUUUCAUUUGGCCCUGGCAUGGAGAAAAAAAUGUAUUUUUUUAAGAACUUUACUUUUUUAUGGACCUGGUAGCAGUUCAGAUGCUACUCGGAUACCCCUAUAAAAACACUAACGACCGAAAUUUUCGCUCGAUUUUUUGCUCAACGUUGGAUACUACACAUUCGCUUUCCCAUUCGCACCUUCUUAGACAUGUUUAAUCUCCUUCGCCAAAACAGAAGACAA